UUUUCGGUUACCAUUCAGUUCACUAGUUCAGCAACUUGUUGAACGGUGAAGUUUACUUGCCUGAGGUUAGUCUCGGCUCUUGUCAAUCAUCCUCAGCACUUACCAAAUCAAGCAAAUGCUCCUUUAAACCGACGUUCCCUCCCGAGUCUUGACAGAAAGGGAAGGUACAGAAAGCUAUGGCUUCUCUUCUGCAAUCUUCGACUCUUCUUUCCAACUCUUCAUCUUCAUCUCUUACAUUUGUUCUCCCCUACACCAUUCACAAAAUUAGAAAUUCAAGUCUCCAACCUCUGAAACUCAUUCCUUCUCAACCACACACUUUAACAACUUCCCCACUUAAGAGGUCGGACCAUUCGAAGGGAACUCUGAUUCGGAGUACGAUCCUCUGCGAAGGACCGGUGCUUGACCCUCCACCGACGGAGCCUGACCUAGUAGCUUCUCUGAAGCUCAAAUUACUGAAUGUUGUUUCUGGGCUGAACAGAGGUCUUGCUGCAAGUGAAGAAGAUCUUAGAAAAGCAGAUGCCGCUGCCAAGGAGCUUGAAUCUGUAGGGGGGCUUGUUGAUCUAUCAACUGAUCUUGAUAAACUCCAAGGAAGAUGGAAGUUAAUCUAUAGUAGUGCCUUUUCAUCGCGUACUCUAGGUGGGAGCCGUCCCGGGCCCCCUGUAGGGAGGCUUCCUGUCACUCUUGGCCAGGUUUUUCAGCGGAUAGAUAUCUUAAGCAAAGAUUUUGACAAUAUAGUGGAGCUUCAGUUAGGUGCUCCAUGGCCUCUUCCGCCAGUGGAAGUGACAGCUACAUUGGCACACAAAUUCGAACUCAUAGGAUCUGCAAAGGUGAAAAUUAUAUUUGAGAAAACAACUGUCAAGACAACUGGUAACUUAUCACAGCUGCCGCCAUUUGAGGUGCCUCGGAUUCCAGAUUCUUUAAGGCCUUCAUCCAAUACAGGCAUAACAAGAGGAGAUAGAGAUGAACUAAGGGUUUUUGUGAUCUCCUAGCAAAAUGCAAAUACUGUUCUAUAGCUCUUUCUUUGGCAUCCCAAACUUGUUUUUAAAUUUAUGUAAAUGCAGUACUAGAGUUUGCACAGCUUUUGUGACUUUUGUCAUUGAAUAAUGUUUUGGGGGGCUCACUUGUAAAUGCAAUAGCAAGUACAUUCUUUUUUUUCCA